UCUCAGGGGUCAAAGGUGCAAUGGGCGACCUUGGAGAUCCGGGGAAUCCAGGCCCUCCCGGCCCCCCAGGAUCGACGGCCGGGCUACCGAGUGUACCUGGCGAAAAAGGUCCAUUAGUUCUAGUUAAUGUGGUACCUGACAUUCCCGGCGGGAGGAUCGGGCAGCCAGGAGGCUCUGGGGAUACAGGGCCAAAGGGAUAUGAGGGGGCGUUCGGUUUUGCCGGAAUAACAGGAAGUCCCGGAGAUGAUGGACGUCAGGGAUUUCAAGGCCCCUUAGGUCCUUUUGGAGAGCCUGGCCCGGAUGGUCCAGAUGGACCUGCGGGCCCAAAGGGAAGACCCGGACCUGAAGGAUAUAGAGGACGAAGGGGAACAAUGGGUGAUCCUGGACCAUUAGGCAAUCCUGGUCCUGUUGGGUCUAAGGGCCGAGAAGGACGAACUGGAAUCGCUGGACAGCAGGGACAGGAUGGUGAACUGGGUGAUACCGGUGACGUUGGCAAACCAGGACCUGACGGAUCAGUGGGUAUGAAUGGAUUAAGCGGAGUGAGCGGACGGCCCGGUUACCCAGGCCCUUCAGGUUUCGAGGGAAAAGAGGGACCAGCUGGUGCACCUGGAACUCAGGGCUUUAAAGGAGGUCCCGGCAGCCCAGGAGCGCCGGGUGAUCCAGGAAUCAAAGGAAGCCCAGGACAGGGAGGUGACACAGGCCUCAUGGGCGAUACCGGACCCACAGGUGAAAGCGGAUCUGAUGGAUUGCCGGGAACUGACGGAGUGACGGGUUCCCGCGGGUCGGUUGGUAAACAAGGGGAAUUUGGGGGCCCGGGCGAUCCUGGACCAGCAGGACCUACGGGAGGAGAGGGACGUUCAGGAGAAACCGGCAUACCGGGGGAUCUUGGACCAACAGGCGGCAAAGGAGCAAAGGGUGAGCUCGGAAGACCAGGAAGCACGGGAUCCACUGGUGAUAAAGGACCAGCGGGUCUUGCGGGACCAAAUGGUGCCCGAGGAUUUCAAGGUUCGCCCGGUAAACAGGGUGGCCGUGGCGGAGCGGGCAGUCCCGGAAGAAAUGGCGAAACCGGACAAAGAGGAGUGCGAGGUAGUGAAGGAGAUCCGGGUGUUAUGGGUGCAAUGGGAAUAACGGGAAUGACUGGAGGACGUGGGGGACGAGGAUCCAGAGGUGUUAAGGGAGAUGGGGGUGCUCUAGGCUUACGCGGUCCACCAGGAAUAACCGGAUCAAGGGGUUCUGAGGGCAGACCAGGAUCUAGUGGAGUUGCAGGCGCACCAGGAAGUUCGGGCGCUAAAGGCGAUGAUGGUUUUCCAGGAGAGGACGGUGCACCGGGUUUUCCUGGUAAAUCUGGAGGCGUUGGACUUGUUGGUAUGAAAGGAGUUGAGGGAAUUGUUGGAAAUGAUGGAAGUCAAGGGGAACGAGGAUCAACUGGACCAAAGGGUGAAUCAGGUGCCCCAGGAGGUCAAGGUGCGGCAGGGGCAUCAGGAACCAUGGGUCUCCAAGGUCCUGCAGGGUCCCAGGGAUCAACUGGGGACGUUGGUGAUGAGGGAGCUCCUGGUUCUGCCGGUGAUGCGGGCUCAGUAGGAUUCAGUGGCCGCCAGGGGCCCAAAGGAAGCUCAGGUUCUAAUGGAGUUUCUGGGAAAAGAGGAAGAGCUGGUGAACCUGGCCUUAACGGAGUAAAUGGAGAUCCGGGCUUGCAAGGAUUAGCUGGACUUCCGGGAGACGAAGGAGGCAUGGGAGAACCUGGCUCCAUGGGACCCGUAGGUGCAGCUGGUGUAGAUGGAUCUCGUGGAAUAAAUGGCGGUGCUGGAGCUACUGGUCCUGUUGGAGCAGCGGGUAGGAGAGGAGAAGCGGGCGAUGCUGGACCGACCGGCAGAGUUGGGAGACCUGGACCGAUGGGACAACAGGGCGCUGAGGGUGAACCUGGCGAAGCAGGAGAAACUGGAAUUCGAGGACCUAAUGGUGUCUCUGGCGAUCGUGGUCUCGCUGGCACUCCGGGACAAAGUGGAGCAGAUGGUCCACAAGGGGACCCGGGAGCCCCUGGUGCGUCUGGCUUUGAAGGGAAAAUGGGCAUGAUUGGUUCCAUUGGAGAUCAAGGGCCAACAGGUCUUAAAGGAUUUAGGGGUCAAGAAGGAGCUGCCGGAUUACAUGGGAUCAGUGGAGAUACAGGUUCUCAGGGAGCUCAAGGAGUCAUGGGUCAAAAGGGAUAUCGUGGUGAGGAAGGCGACAGCGGAGGACCAGGAGGACCCGGGGCAACGGGAAUGAUGGGAGAACCUGGACCAGCGGGAGGAGCUGGUGAUCAAGGAAGUAGUGGAAAAACUGGUCGCAAUGGAAAUAAGGGUGCUGUUGGUGAUCCUGGUCCCCCAGGAGACAACGGAGGCAGGGGCUCACCGGGAGCCCAGGGCCAGCCUGGACCUCCUGGUCCACCCGGAACUGCUGGGUCAAUUGGUGAUUUUGGCUUAGAUGGAGCUGCCGGCUACUCAGGGCCAGUUGGAAUGAGGGGCAAUGUUGGACCGAUUGGUAAGGCAGGAAUCCAAGGUGCAGCGGGAGCAAAGGGAGAAACAGGAGAACAAGGAAAGGAAGGAAUAGACGGAAAAGCUGGCAUAGAUGGUGAGGUAGGAGCAGCUGGCUCUCCAGGGAAGUCUGGCGAACGCGGUUCCACUGGAAGUCCUGGUGAAUCUGGUGAAGCAGGAAAACCUGGAAGAGAUGGAUCUAAAGGCCUUGACGGCGACUUGGGAGCAGCUGGAUCACAGGGAGAUGUUGGUCCAACUGGACCGGAGGGUCCAAAAGGCGAAGAAGGAGCCACUGGAACCGAAGGCACUGUGGGUGUUCCAGGUCAGCGUGGCUCGCGAGGAUCUGACGGCAACCCUGGUGCCACGGGCGAUCCUGGAGAAUCAGGUGAUGAUGGAAACGUCGGUUCAAGAGGACAAAAGGGAGACGCGGGUGAUACGGGUGACACUGGCCCAGACGGGAGCCUGGGACCAAAGGGUCAAAAAGGCUCCAUUGGUCCACGAGGAGAUAGUGGGUUAGAAGGAGCUGUGGGUGCUGAUGGGCCACGUGGUCGGGUCGGUGAAAGAGGGGACGAAGGUUUUGAAGGACCAACAGGAAUGUCUGGAUCCGUAGGAUUGAAGGGAGAUCGUGGUCGUCAGGGCGAAGACGGUCAAGAGGGUCCCGCAGGUGGAAGAGGACCUCCUGGUUCACCGGCCGUUCUUCCAGCUGAGUUUGCGGGACAGUUUUCAUUCCCAGGUUACCAACAAGAUUACAGCGAUCCUGCCUCUCUCCAAACAGAAAAAUCUGGAUCUAGGAGGUUGUACCGAAGCGGCGAACAGGACACUGAGACCGAAACCAAGCCUCAGAUUGACCUUUACGACGUGAUCAGUUAUCGUAUAGAUAUGUAUAAGAAUCCGAACGGCUCCCAAGCAUUCCCCGCAAGGACCUGUCGAGACUUGCACAUGAGCUAUCCUGAACUCAAAAGCGGACUCUAUUGGAUUGAUCCUAAUGGUGGGAUAGCAAACGAUGCCAUCGAAGUUUAUUGUGAAUUCCAAACCAACGGGUCCUGCCUGUAUCCGGGACAAGAAAACCAGCCGUUUGUAACUGACAAGAAGAAAUGGUUCAGCGGUAGCGAUGGAUACAAAUGGCUAGGCAAAGAACUGCUCGGACUUGACAAGCUUGAAUACGUAUCGGAGCAAAGUCAGUUGGAGUUCCUCCAGCUGUUAAGUGAUCGUGCCCGCCAGCGGAUUACGUAUCACUGCAAGAACUCAGUAGCAUGGCCUGAGAAGAGUUCGAAUGAAGGGAUAAAGUCCAUCAAGAUGUUAACUGUUAAUGGGCUUGAACUGCACGCGAGAUCCUCAAACAAAUUUAAACCGACACUAGUGGGGGAUGACUGUGCGUUGAAAGACGGAUCUUGGCAUCGUACCACAUUGGAAGUGGACACACCCAAACCUCACCGUCUCCCCGUUCUUGAUGUAGCUGUAUAUGAUAUUGGAGAUAGUGGAGAGGAAUUUGGUCUAGAAUUCGGACGCGUUUGCUUCUCUUGAUGGACAAAAAUGCAUGUCAAACUGUACAUUGUUGUUAAAGAGGUGCAGUGAUUAAAACUUGAGACUGUAAGUUAUUGAGUUCAAGCGAGAGAAGCAGUCCUUAGCGGCUGCUGCAUGUUAAAAAACGUAGUUUUUGGGACCUUCCAAGCGCAGUUGUUUAAAUAAAAGUUGUUUCAUCCUUAUAAUAAGUAAGUUUCGUAUGGAAUCACGAUGAAUAAGAUUUGGAAGAUUAAGUGGCCAAAUGAAGGAUGAUCACUAUAGAAAAUGAAACUUCACAUUAAUUUGCUUCAUCAAAAGCUAAACAGGCUUUGAAACAGUUCGCCCUUGUUCAGUAAUCAGUCAUAAAUAAAUAAAUAAAUUCGAUUUUAAAAUU